GGAAGAGAUUGGGAUUUAUUCAGUAGCUGGAGUACAAAGCUGAGGAGCUGAUCCCCCGCUCCGCGCCCUCUUCGCCUCUUUCCCCGGUUACCGCUUGUUUUUUGCCGCAGCAGCCGCGGGAGAUACCGGGGAGGAUCCGGCGUUUACCGGGGAGGAUCCGGCGUUCACCGGGGAGAGCCCCCUCCCAGAGCCGCCGCUCAGACAGAUCCCGUGGCCGGCGCUGGAGGCUCCUCGGCAGCAGUCUCCCCGGUACAGCGGGGCUCCACAGCUGCAGUGCCGGUCCAGUGUUUCCCUUGCGGGAUGUGAUUCCAGCCGGGAGCCCAAGUUUGGGAUCGGAGAGCCCGGUCCCCGGCAUUGGCGGCCGCUGCCUGCGGCGCUUCAGAGCGGAGCUCCCGGGACUGAGUGUUGGCCCCAGGACGGAGCCGUCGGUGUCCUGAGAUGAUGGUUCUGGACAAGGAGGACGUGCCCAUGCUCUCAGUACAGCCCAAAGGGAAACAGAAAGGCUGCGCCGGCUGCAACCGCAAGAUCAAGGACCGCUACCUGCUGAAGGCGCUGGACAAGUACUGGCACGAGGACUGUCUGAAGUGCGCCUGCUGCGACUGCCGCCUGGGGGAGGUCGGCUCCACCCUCUACACCAAGGCCAACCUGAUACUGUGCCGCCGAGAUUACCUGAGACUCUUCGGAACCACCGGAAACUGCGCGGCGUGUAGUAAACUGAUCCCGGCCUUCGAGAUGGUGAUGAGAGCGCGAGACAACGUCUACCACCUGGACUGCUUCGCCUGCCAGCUCUGCAACCAGAGAUUUUGCGUGGGGGACAAGUUUUUUCUUAAGAACAAUAUGAUCUUGUGUCAGAUGGACUAUGAGGAGGGGCAGCUGAACGGAAGCUUCGAGUCGCAGGUUCAAUGACGGCCGCCGCCCCCUCUCCUGGCUUGGCGGAAGCGGCGCAGAGCGGAUGGCGCCCGCCCUGAGAGCGGCGACGAGUGUCUGGUGGCUUGCCUGCAAUAUUUUUUUAAUUCUCGGCCCUCCCCCCCGCCCCCUCGUGUACCAUGUCGCCCCUCCGCCCCCCCGCCCUCCCCAAUUUUCGAUGUCCGGUCGUGCUUUGCUGAGCACUGCAUUCGCCUGUCUGUCGGUGGGACCCGGGAGGGGGAGGGGGGCCGGGAAGCUCCUGUACAGUCUGUUUUAUGUAUAUAAACUGGAACAUUUAUUUUAUGAAAAUGUAACGCAAUUUUAUUACCGGUGUGAGAUUAAAGAUUAUGAAUGUUUUCUGA